UAUAUAUUUUACAGUGGCGGAUUAACCAGCAGAAAAAGCAUAUGCUAAGGGCCCCGCGCCUAGGGGGGCCCCGCGCUCCGACCCUGACCGUGCGAUUUCGGCACGCGGAACCGGCCAAGUUCAAGUAGAACUCGCACUCCGCGGAUCCCGUAAAAAAUUAAACCACAAUGGCGGAUGAUGAGGGAAACGAGGAUGUUGGCGAGGAGCAGCAGCCAGAGGCAUAUGAAGACGACGCCCUCAGUCCCGUGCCCGUGCAGCCCCUAGACCCGCCCAAGUAUGAAGUUAGACCCGGCCUUGGAGACAAGUUCCAAGCUGAGAACAUACACGAGAUAAUAGUGACGUCCAUGCAACAGCAGCUAUCGGGGCGGCAGUACCGCGCCGACCAGGCGCCGCACUGGGCGCAGAUGAUCGCCAACGGCGUGCGACAGCGGACCCAGGAGUUGGGCAUGAAGAGGUACAAAAUCCUAGUCCAAGCCGUGAUCCUCGAAAUGAAAGGCGCCGGCAUCAAGAUGGGCCAGCGGUGUCUCUGGGACCCCGAGACGGAUGACUAUGUGCACGGUCUUUACAAGGACGGUAGCAUAAUGUGCCACUGCACCGUCUACGGCAUAUACAUGUACUGAGGCAAGCGGGACUACAGCAAGGUACAUUUGCAUUUGAGUAGGGAGGAUUUUACUUGUUAAAUAUGGUUAUAAAAGCAUAGACAAGCGACUGUGGCCACGGUUUGCAUCGAAGAGAAUUUGAAAUAGAAGUGGAUUGUCAAAGAAAAUUUUGUAGCCACUGUAAAUUUACUGUCAUCUUUAGACACAUGAUUAAAACUUUUAGAACCUUGACUUUGAUCCUUAUUAUUUCACUGAUAUGUGUUUAAUUUGUUAAAUAUAUAAAAGUGGCGCCAUCUUACCGAGCAUAACCCAAAGGUUGUGGCGCCAUCGCUCGAAACG